GGAGGGAGAGUGUAAGGUCAUCCGGCACUAGCCUUCCUUAGCCCGAUCUCCUCCGAGCUAGGCAGCCAAGUGAGGUUGGCCAUCUCUCCCUUGUGUUUUCUGUUGUUUAAUCCGUGGCGAUCCCUUGUGCAGAUCCAUACAGAGAUGUUAGGGCCUUUGGGGGAAGAGAAGGAGCUGGAGCAACAAGUUUCUUCUGUACGGCCAUCCGUUCUUUCUCCCAACCACAGCUUUGCCACGCAGGCUAGUUAAGGCAUGGCGAGCAACAAGGAUGCCGAGCUGGAGACACCACUUCUCAUGCCGGAGGAGGAAGGACCAACAGCCCCGUUGCUGGACCAAGGAUCACUGGAGCCGACACCACGUCCACGGCUCCCGCCACCGAAGUUUGGGGAGCUCAUCUCGGUGUUGAGCAUCGACGGUUGCGGGAUACACGGGCUCAUCCCGACGGUCGUCCUCAAAUGCCUCGAGGAAAAGCUCCAGGCUAUUGACGGGGAAGAUGCCCGGAUAGCGGACUACUUUGACGUGAUCGCGGGCACGAGCGCGGGCGCCACCAUCGCGGCAAUGUUGGCGGUGCCGAACACGAACAAACGGACAAAGUACACCCCUCAGGAAAUCCAGGAUUUCUAUGUCAACAACGGACCUAAAAUCUUCCCUCCCAAGAGGUGGUGGCGAUGGCCUCUGGACCUGCUAAGCGCAUCGCGGGGGCUCAAGUACGACGGCACGUUCCUCCAGAAAAAGAAGAUCAAGGAAGUCAAGGAUGAGCACACGUUCGACGCCAAUAUUAUCGAGCCUCUCAUCUUCUCCUCGUUCCAGGAUGAUGCCGUGCAAAAACUAGUUGAAGAGGCCAAACCAGAGCCGCCGGAUGUCUGCAUUGGCCCGCCGUCGACGGCCACGUCAACCUACUUCCCGGCGCACUACUUCGAUAUCUGGGUCAGUGACAUGGAGCAGUCAAAACACCACCUCAUCGACGGCGGUAACAACCCCACAAUGGCUGCCAUAUCCAAGAUCACCAGGGAGCAACUUGUCAAGAACCCGGAGUUCCACUCCAACGGCGUGGAUUACAUGAAAUACCUCGUCAUCUCGGUAGGCGCAGGGUGUGCAUCAGUGCACGAAAAGGGGCUAUGCAUGAAAUCACGACGGACUGUGCCGGCCAAGUGGGGCGGCUUCAACUGGUUUCACAGCAGGCGCAAUAGCCGCAGCCCGGUCACCGGCACCUUCUCGCAUGCCAGCGCCGUGUUGGCCGACUGGCAGGUUCGCAUGCUCUUACACAAUGGCAACCACGUGCGGAAGCAGAACUACCUCUACAUCCAGGCUCAGGCACCACUGUUCUGGGAGGCCAUUUUGCCAAUGGACAACGCGACCUCGGAGAACAUGGCUGACCUACUCAACAUUGGCGACAAGUUGUUGGCAGAGAAGGUGGCUAUGGUGGACUUGACCACGGGGAAGUACGAGACCGUCGAGGACGAGAAUGCACCCACCAAUGAUGCAGAGCUCCGGCGCUUCUCCGAGCUUCUAGUUGUCGAGCGCAACUUGCGCCUUAAGGAACAACAACAACAACGACAAGCAGAAGAAGAGAACGGGCUUCAUUUGCUUAACAUUCUUGAAUAAUAAAUAGUAUAUGGUUGUACGUACCAAUCAUUGCAAAGACCUAAGUGUUGAGUUCUCCCUUACACUCGUGUUGAUCCACCGAGUCAUGAGCCUUAUCAUGGAAUCUAGAUCGUUGACCCUGCCAACCAAGCAAAAGUUUGUUAUGACUCGACGAGGAGAAGUAAACUACGAUGAGAAGAUAAGAAGGAGACAUAUUUUUGUGUCCGAGCGAGGCGUGCGCGAGGAGACCUGAUAAUUCAGUGGCCACCGUGAAGGUGGAGUCAGCAGCGACCACAAGUAUCAUGCGACCACAAGUAUGAUUGGGUGUUGCUAAUUGAUUGUAUCAUAUGAUCAUUGCGUUUUCUCGUAGCAACAACGCUCGGACACAUUCGUUAGUAAUCAAUAAUUUAUGGUUAUGCAUAUCAAUCAAUGAGAAA